AAUCAGAUUCGAGCGUUUGAAAUUGCGUCCUCGAAUUUUGUUUAUGAAUCACUCUAAUCUACACGCGUUAUUUUCCUGUCGUGUCGAUGACACACAUUGUUUUUGUCGUUCAUUAUGCACGUAUACAAAGUGAUUUCCCACCAUUUGAUCGAAAGUGUGAACGGCAAAAAUCUGCUAACAUGGUCUUUUCCGUCGAUCACGGAUGAGAUGCGACAGUUUAUUUUGGGGAAGUGUUUCGUCGUGGCCAAACAGUCGAACAUUUUCUAUUGUUUGCGCAAUCAAAAUUUAUGGGUGUAUGUCCAUCAAAUCCUGCACGAAAACAACAACAUCGCUCUCGUGAUUGUCUCGCAGGAAUGCGACGUUGCCAAGUACAAAUUUAUAAGUGAUUUGUUUAUUAAAUGUUACCUGUCUAAGAAGAAUCCAGUUGAUUUGGUCAAAUUGCACUUGAAAUUUAAGAGUGGUGGAGGACAAUUAGUAUACGAUAAAAAGCCAACGAAUUCCAAAGAACUAGUGGAGAAAUUCCAGCAGGAAACUGUAUUAAUAUAUCUAGCACUGCUGUAUAAAACAAGAUUGUUGGUUUAUUCCUCAGAUUUAGAGAAGUUGCAAGAUGAAAUAUUGUCAAUGGCAUGUUUGGUUUCGCGGUGGAAUUUGUCCGAAUAUUUUUUGCCACUCGUUGAAACUCCCUCAGAACUUAAAAGAAGUUUUUAUUUAGCAGGCGUCCACACUGAUUUAUCUCGCAGAAUUGAUUUGUAUGACGUGUUCGUAAACUUGGACACCGGUGAAGUAAAUGUAUCAGAAAAAAUGCAAGGUAUUUUUACAAACUCAAAAGUGCGGAAUUCAAUGGCGAAAUAUUUUCUGGAAGUGGCACAAAGUGAUAUGCAUGAAAAUGAGUUACAACAAGAAUUGGAACGACGUACUGAAGAACUGCUUAGACUAUUAAAUAUUGAUUGUAAAAUAUAGUGUUGAUAGAGUUUAUUAAAUUUAUGGUUGAAUGAAAUGAAAUAAAACACAAAAUAUAACAAAAACAUAUAAUGUGCCAUGAUAA